AGGUCCCCGGCACAUCUGGGCGAGAGCCGAGCCGCGGGCACCGCGAGGGGCGCCGAGCGCCUGUCUGGAGCGACCGAGCGACCGCGCCGAGGGAGCCCCGAGAGGCGCUCGGGGCGCACAUCGGGGACCGCGAGCCGGGGCCCAGCAGCGGCGCAGCUGGAUCCGGGGAAGGGGGCGGCGGCUGCACCGCUGGACCGAAGGGGGCGGGGUCGGUCCUGGGCGUCGGGCUGAGGGGAGGGCCGCGAGCCGCCGGGCACCGGAGCAUGGGACCGCGCGCCUGAAGGAACCCCAGAAGGAAGGGGCCUGGGACCCCGAAAGCAACAGAGAGGAAGGGGGCCGGCUCAGAGAAGGAGGAUGCAACUGACCCGCUGCUGCUUCGUGUUCCUAGUGCAGGGCAGCCUGUAUCUGGUCAUCUGUGGCCAGGAUGAUGGUCCUCCUGGCUCAGAGGAUCCUGAGCAUGAUGACCACGAGGGCCAGCCCCGGCCUCGGGUGCCUCGGAAAAGGGGUCACAUCUCACCUAAGUCCCGCCCCAUGGCCAAUUCCACUCUUCUAGGGCUGCUUGCUCCACCCGGGGAGGGUUGGGGUGUCCUUGGGCAGCCCCCCAACCGUCCAAAACAUAGCCCUCCACCCUCAGCCAAAGUGAAGAAAAUCUUUGGCUGGGGCGACUUCUACUCCAACAUCAAGACGGUGGCCCUGAACCUGCUGGUCACGGGGAAGAUCGUGGAUCACGGCAACGGGACCUUCAGUGUCCACUUCCGCCACAAUGCCACAGGCCAGGGCAACAUCUCCAUCAGCCUCGUGCCCCCCAGCAAAGCUGUAGAGUUCCACCAGGAACAGCAGAUCUUCAUUGAAGCCAAAGCCUCCAAAAUCUUCAAUUGCCGCAUGGAGUGGGAGAAAGUGGAACGGGGCCGCCGGACCUCGCUUUGCACCCAUGACCCAGCAAAGAUCUGCUCGCGAGACCACGCCCAGAGCUCGGCCACCUGGAGCUGCUCCCAGCCCUUCAAAGUCGUCUGUGUCUACAUUGCCUUCUACAGCACAGACUACCGGCUGGUCCAGAAGGUGUGCCCUGAUUACAACUACCACAGUGAUACCCCCUACUAUCCCUCUGGGUGACCCUGGGCAGGUCAGAGAGGCCAGGCCAGGGUUGGAAGGCCAGGCCUGUCUGUGCAGGAGGCUGGCUGUCUGGAUCCUGGGCAGGGGAGGGGGGUUUGUGGAAAGAAGGAAAGAUCAAAUGAGGCCAGGACCAAAUCUCAGGUGGUGGGUCCCCAGGGCUGGCCCUAACCUGAGGCUAGAACACAGGAGCACGGGAGAAGUAGGCUCUGGGCAGUGGAUGCUGACCACCACCCCCCAAGUCCCCUGGCAGGCAGAUCACUGUGGCAUGGGAUCAAGUCAUGGAGAAGACCCUAAGCCCCUGGCCUUCUUCCCGCCAUCCUUAGGACGUCAAUAGGCAGAGGGGGACCUCAUCAGUUUGGACCCCAAAUAGGCAACCUAGGGUGAUGGCUGAGACAGAGCUUCCAAGGAGCUGUAGAAGUCAUCAUGGGGCCCCGCCCUGCACGGUGUCCAGCACAGCAUGAGGUUUAAGCAGUGGCCCCUGUGGUCUUUAAUGUCUUGACACCUGUCACCAGCCAGGCCACCGCUUUCCAAGAUUCCUUCUCCAACCAGCACUCCUCACUCCUGCCUACCCCUCUUGCUGAUGGCGCCACACCCUUAAGCUGAGACGGGACCAUGGUAGUCCUUCUAGCACCAGGGCCACUGGUGGGAGCCCACUUGUGUGCUGUGUGUCCCUCCUCCACUCCUCCCCCCUGCUGAGAGCAGUCCCUCUAGAGUCAGCCCUACCAGUUAAAUUGGGGCUCCCCUGGAUUGGGGCUGUGCCCCUCUGGGCCAUGGAGCCCCCAGUGAGAGGCUGGG